GGGUCUUUCAGACCCGGAAGCAUUUAGCAGUUAUUUUGGGCGUGUUAAAGAGAGCUGCUGUUGCACUGCUAAUGUUGUGUGGUACAUUGUGUUCAGUACUGCUGCAGUAGUUGUCUCUAUGAAGGAUUUAUAUAAUACGCAUUGAAAGAACUCUGAGGCUGUGGAGACAUGGUGGGCUAUGUCCCUGGGGCUAAGGGUAAUGCCCUUGCCCCAGAGGAGGCUGCCCUGGCUGGGUCAGCUGCGGGGAUGGUUACCCGAGCCCUCAUCAGCCCUUUUGAUGUGCUUAAAAUCAGAUUCCAGCUGCAGAUUGAGCGCGUAUCAACAAAGACGCCUGAGGGGAAGUAUCGGGGAUUAUUUCAGGCAUCUCGCUGCAUUCAUUCAGAGGAGGGACUCUCUGCUUUCUGGAAGGGCCACAUCCCUGCACAGCUGCUCUCCAUCUGCUUUGGUGCUGUCCAGUUUGCCACUUUUGAGGUUCUGACUGAGGUGGUGCACACGACGACGCCAUACGACAGCCAGACAGCAGGAGUUCACUUUGUGUGCGGCGGUCUGUCUGCCUGCUCUGCCACGGUCGUCUGCCAGCCUCUGGACACUCUGCGGACACGCUUUGCUGCUCAGGGAGAACCAAAGAUAUACAGGAACCUGCGCCAUGCCGUGUCCACGAUGUGCCGCUCGGAGGGAGUGUUCACAUUUUACCGCGGUCUGUCUCCCACUCUGCUGGCCGUGUUUCCUUAUGCUGGGCUGCAGUUCUUCACCUACAACGUCUUUAAAAAACUUUUGGCUCCACCAGCCGAGGCCAGGAAGUCUGGAGGAAACUUGAGAAGUCUGAUCUGUGGCAGUGGAGCUGGAGUGAUCAGUAAAACAAUCACAUAUCCCUUCGACCUCUUCAAGAAGAGGCUGCAGGUGGGCGGCUUCGAGGCAGCCAGAGCUCGCUUUGGACAGGUGCGGCGUUACAGAGGUCUGCUGGAUUGCAUGCUGCAGAUAGCCAAAGAGGAGGGUCUCCGAGGGUUCUUCAAAGGCCUCUCGCCGAGCCUUGUGAAGGCCGCACUUUCGACAGGCUUCACCUUUUUCUGGUAUGAAGUUUUUCUUGAUGUCAUAAGUAACCUCAAAGAGCGACAGAGAACAAAGUACGUCAUCGACGACACGGAGAGGAGAUAACGAAGGAAAGGAAAAUCACAUGAAAGCACUCAUCAGAAACAGACUUCUACUUUUAUCUUUUAUUUCACUUGUGCUUCACAAACAUAUCAACCUGGUCAAUGUUCAAUGUUGGUUUGUUUACAUACAAUGAUGGAAAAUAUGACCUCAUUUUUAUUGUUAAUGUGCUUUCAUUACACCAUGUGUUGUUGCAUUGAAUGUUUGUAAGAAGAAUUUAAUAUUUUAACCCUUGGGUUUUAAGGUUUAUGGUUGCUUGCUUUUGAGGGAUAAAUGUAUUCACAACAUUUUAUGUCCAUGCUGAACUUUGCACAUUUGAAGCUCAGAUUUCACAGAUUUGAGUUGCAAUUGUUGGCUCACAUUUCAUCAAAUAGAAAAAUUAGCUUUGUCCGUAUAAAGACAAGCGUUAUAUUUAUUUUAUCAUACAUCGCAAAGGCUAACAGGAUGCAGCUUACUACAGGACACAUGCACUGCAGACUUAGAGUAAGUUUGUCCUGCUGAGUGAACUCUUGUAAAAGAGGCUGUGGCUGUGCCAACGUGUCUGUCCAACACUUUAAACUUCAGGUCAUUGUUUUUUAAAAUAAAGUGUUUUCUAAAGACUGA